AUGAUUGUUGGGUUAUAUUGUAGAGUUUACUUUGACAUUGCCUUUUGUCUAGCUCAUGUUUGCCAUUUAGGUCCUUUCAAGAUUAAUGGAGUUCCAUUGAGACGUGUCAACCAGUCCUAUGUUAUUGCCACAUCAACCAAAGUAGAUGUUUUUACUGUUAACAUGGACAAAUUUGAUGACAAAUACUUUCCAAAGGAGUCCCAGAAAAAGAAGAAGAAAGGAGAGGGCGAGUCUUUCAUCGAGACAGAGAAGAAAGCGAAGAAAGAGGACCAGAAAAAUGUGGACUCUGCGUUGAUAAAAACCAUUGAGAGCAUUCCUGACUUGAAUGCUUAUCUGGGUGCCAGCAAGAUUGAUUCUACGUUAUACAAGUAG